CAACAACAACAACAACAACAAACCGAAAGAUGUUUUGGCCAAAAAUUAAUAAUAAAUGAAUCGGACGAUUCAUCAUCAUCAUCAUCGAAGCAUGAAACAUUUCGUUUGCCUGAUAGCUAUGUCAAAAAGCCACCAAAAUCUAGCCGUUAUAAACCGAUCAAAAUAGCCGUUAAUUUAACAAUAUUGGAUACAACUAUUGAUAAAUUGGAAAAUGUUAUUGUAUUGGAUAUGCAAUUGAAAGAACGUUGGAAGGAUAAACGGUUAAGAAUGCGUAGAAAAAAUAAUAAUGAUAAUCAAAAACAAAAUGGCGAUAAAAAAGAUGAAGACUAUUAUGAUGAUGAUGAUUAUGAUACUGUUGAUGGAAUCGGUGGUCAAAAACGUCGAAAAAUGAUUGAAAAUUUUGUGCUUGAUGGAAAAUAUCUAACAAAAAUAUGGCAUCCAAUCAGCCACAUUAGGAAUAAUGCACAUGUAACAAAUGCAUUGUUUGAUAAACCAAAACAAACGUUGCAAAAAAUUAUUGAACAAGAAAAAUUGGUUGAAAACAUUUUCAUCAAUACAAAUGAAACGACAGCAUUUGUUUGGAUAUCAUUAAAGAUGCGUGUCAACAUUCCUAUAUAUGAAUGUCAUCGUGAUGAUAGCCGUAUGUUUCCAUUUGAUAAAAUUGAAUGUACAUUUCAUAUAACCAAUGCACUUUAUGAUAAACGAACAUUGAUCUAUGAAUGGGAUAAUGUCAAAUGGAAUCAUAAUGAAUAUCAUAGUGGACAAUUCUAUUUACAACAGCUGCAAACAUCAAUCGUCAAUGAACCAAUUAUUGAAUUGGAUGAAAGUGGCAAUGAACAUUCAAUAAUGCGUAUAGAUUUUAUGCUUAAUCGACAGAUUGGUGAUUAUAUACUGAAUAUUUAUGUUUUACAUAUAUUUCUAUUAAUUCUUUCAAUAUCAAUAUUUUGGAUAUCGAUACAAAAUAUUAUCAUCAGAAUAUCAUUAUCGAUUAUAAUAUUGAUUAUAAUUAAAUUUCAAACAUUUCAAACGCUGAAAGAAGAACAACGUAUCAUAACGGCAUUAAGUAUAUGGACAUUUGGUCUAAGUUUUUUAAUAAUUAUGGCCAUAUUAUGUCAUAUAUUAUCAUAUUAUAGUUUUCAACAUAAAUGGAAUGAAAAAAUUCUUGAUCAUUUAAUAGAAAAAUGUCGUCAUCAAUCGUCGUCUACGACUACGUCUAUAUCACAAUCACAAUCACAAUCACCAUCAAUGACGGAUAUGAAUAGUUCAAAUGAACCAACCAACGAUGAUAGGAUCAAUAAUUUAUCAUCAUCAUCACAAACAAGUAGCAGCUGUAAUGAUAAAUCAUUGAAUGAAAAAUUAAAAUUGAUUAAAAAACAAUGGAAUAAAUGGAAAAGAAAUCUAUUGAUACGAUUGAAUUCAAUGAUUGUAAAUAAUAUUAAAAGUAAUCAUAGUUAUGAUGAUACAAAUAUUGUCGAUAUUAUAUCACGAAUCAUAUUGAUUAUCAUUUAUUCAAUGUUUAUUGUAAUUUAUUUUAUUAAAUAUGCAAUCUAA